AAAAAAGGUCAUAAUUCAGAAAACCGAAAUGCCCUCGCUUCACUCUCUUCCCCCUCUGUAUCGAAGUGCCACCGCAGCCAUCCAAUCUCCGCCGGAACGCGUCGUCGUCCUCCUCUCAGAUUAGCAGGUCAACACACGUUCAAAACGAGAGAAAAAAAUCAACCUCACGACAUAAUCGCGUAUUCUAAAGUAAAAAAAGGAACACACUUUGACCUCAAUUAUGCUAAAUCCCUUGGAGUUUGGACAUGUGAUCGGAGAGGAAAAGCCAUCGGAGGUUUUUGGGUUCUGGGCAGCCAUCCCAUCUUCUCUUUGCUUCAAAAUUCAAAUUUUGAAUACAAAAGAUUAGGGCUUCCAUUUGGGUAAUUCUCACGCUUGUUUUGAAUUUGAAGAGUUAAAAAUGGAGGAAGAAAGCAACGCAUUUUAUCUUGUUAGGAAGGGAGAGAUGAUCGGUAUAUAUAAGAGUUUAAGCGAUUGCCAAUCUCUAGCAGGAUUUUCGGCGUGUGAUCCUUCAAUCAGUGUGUAUAAGGGCUAUAAUAUGCCCAAGGAUGCUGAGGAUUUCCUUUGCUCACACGGGCUUAAGAAUGCUUGUUACUCUGUAUGCGUCAAUGAUGUUAAAGAUGGUCUUUUUGGUAAACUUGGGUCACUAGUUGCUUGUCCUUACCAGGAACCAGAAUCCUUUGAAGUAGAAGCAUCUGACGACUCUUCACCAGAGAGAUGGCAGGAAGCCAUUAAGUUAAUGGAAAUUGCUGAGACGGCUGGCUGUAGUGCAUUAACAAGCCCUAAAAAAAAAUUAAAAUCAGAUAGUUCCAUGACUUCCGUUGUAACUCCUACAGUUUCGUAUAGUCGUGAAAGUGUUGUAGGUAGUUCGAUACUGACAGUUGCUCAAAAUAAAAAUUUCAAGUUCGAUGAUUCGAUGACUUACAUUAACACUCAAACAGUUUCUCUAAGUUGUGCUUCCUGUACUCUCGAGUUUGAUGGUGCUUCAAAAGGAAAUCCUGGACCAGCUGGUGCUGGAGCUAUCUUACGUGCUGACGAUGGAAGUGCGAUCUGGAGGCUACGACAAGGGCUUGGCAAGGCAACAUGUAACGUGGCCGAAUAUUGCUCAGUGCUUUUAGGAUUGAAACAUGCCCUUAAGAAAGGGUUCAAACAUAUACGCGUUCAGGGCGACUCUAAACUUGUCUGUAUGCAGAUUUCAGGUCUAUGGAAAACCAAAAACCAGAAUAUGGCUAACUUGUGUGAACAGGCAAGGGAGCUCAAGGAGAAGUUUGUUUCGUUUCAGAUCAAUCAUGUUCUGAGGGAGUUCAAUUUUGAGGCUGAUGCUGAAGCCAACCGAGCUAUAAAUCUCAAGGAUGGACAAGUAGAAGAGGAUUGUCAGAGGAUGUAACUUAAGUUUCUACCAACUGCUAUUUAUUCUUAAUACUUUAUAGGUUGUGGGCACAAUGGUUUGGGUGAAUAUCUUUUUGUUCAGCUGAUGUAUAGAAUAUCCAACUAUGGUACAAGGUCUUGAUGUAUUAAUACUUUUUUUUAAAAAGGAAAACAUGAAUACUUUUUAUGCUUAUUUAUGGCUGUAAUAUAACACUUUCGGAAAAGGCAUUUGGAAUUGAACUUCUCUUAAACAAUGCCCUCGACGCAGGAUGCAGGGUUGUCCCUUUGCAUGUAGCAAACCUUCUGCUGACCAGUUUUUCCAUACAGGAACCUCUCUGAAGCAUACUGACGAAAGAGAUUGUGAUUCUUAUUAUUCUGCAACAUAAAACAAGUUUUUGUUUAUGUAUAAUGUAUGUAGGUAUUUUUGUUUGUGCAUGCAUUAUAAUUGUAGUUUCAAUAUUUGCGCUGCUAAUUACA